CGAAGAAUCUUCCGUUGUACUUCUGCGGCGCAAGAACAGCGAGAAGCGAACAAAAGCGAGGCGAUAUCGUCGGAGGACGCAUCAAUUGUAGAGCCGAACAGAUUUGUGUGCGAGAAAGACGGGAUUUUCGGUGCCGUUGGGAUUUGGUUCAAGUGCAUCUUCCCGGCGCCCGGGGCGGGUUUCAGCGAGAAGUACCCCUUUGAACAUGAGGAGGACAAAGCCAAGAAAAGGAUCGUUCUCUCCACCAGUCCGGAACACCUAAUGACCCACUGGAAGCAGACGAUUUUGUUUCUGAAGAACCCGGAGGAUAACGACAGACUGUUUAACUUCGAAGCGAAAAAGGGCGACUUGAUUGAAUUCGGCCUGGCCUUGAAAAGAGAACCGGAAGAAAACAAUCGCCACUAUGAAAUCGAGUUUGAAAUGUGAUAGACCGCCUUACAACUAUCUGAUGAAAUAAAUCGUGAGUUGCUAUUUUCAGCCACCAGAGGUGAAAGAUGAUUAGGUUCAAACUUCAAGUUGUGGAGUCCUCUACAUUUUCAUUCGUUAGCAGGAUCAAAAAGACGAGAGCCAACAAGUGUUCGGAUAAUUCUGCCGAGCCUGCUGCUCCUCGAUGCUCAAAAGUCCGUCUCCGUCGGUGAUUCGUUCGCGCUCGAACACGAACAGAAAUGUCGUUCAUCGAAGUGAAAUCAUCUCGAAUCGAAUCGUACUUCAUCUCUGUAGAAGAAGGAAACAGAUACGAAGAACAUCGUCGUGCAAAGGUAGUAUUGUGGUCUGUUUUAAUAUUUCGAAUUAUGCAUCGGCCACCUAUAUUAUGUUGUAUCUCGAAGAACAUCGUGCUAUUUUUUCCCUUGGUGGGCUCCUUCCUCUAUUCGUAUUUUGCUUCCGCUAGUAGUGAGGCAGACACGUCUAGACUGCUGGCGAAUGAAAGAAAUGAUGGACGUCGUGCAAGUGCUGGUAAAAAGUUCGAGAUUAGUUCCCUGCUCGACAGUUGUCUGUGGUGCAACAAGCGCAGUAAAAGUGGGAACAGCUGCAACAUGAGCGCAGGAAACGGCUUGCAUUCAUCACACCCUCGGCAAAUAGCACAGGGCAAAGAGCAACAGCGUCAUCACUUCUCAACAUCUCAGGUCCCCCUACUUGCUCCCGCACACACGAUAUUAAAUCCCGAUCUUCAUGGUACAACGACGGCAAUAGCCGCAUCACAGCUGCAACUACAAGCAAACACAACUAGUACAACUUCCACGUGCUCGCUUCUUGACGUAGCGAAAAUCUUCCAGGACAGAUUGUUUCGGACCUUGAAAAAGAAAAUUUUCAACAGAAAAAGCCAAGAACCCGCGAAAAGCAGAAACAAAAAGUCCGCCGAUAUGUACAAGAACCGGCUGACAAAAGAGCUGAAGCAGCUCGAGUCAAACGUUCACGGGCUGAAGUUGAUCCAGCUACCCAACCGAGACCGGGAAAUAGAGGUGGAAAUACAGGGACCAGAGGGGUCGCUCUACCAGGGGGAGACAUUCUAUGGAAGUGUCAGAAUCGAAAUCAACAAAAUCGAAAUAAUUUGUGAUGCAUAAAAUCGAUACCAGUUGGAGCCUCAGUUUCUAAGUGGCGCAUGACAAAUUUCGGGAGCACCAAAAUCCAGUCUGUCAUGCUGUUACGGCAAAGAAGACUGCUCCUGUCAUGCUACUCUGACAGCACGCCGUCUUACCCUAAACAGGCUUACAAGCUGUCUCAUUUGCCUGCUCCCCAAUACAGGCCUUCAGUGUCCUACAUUUUCUGCAUCACAAGUUUUUCGAUUUUGUCGAUUUCGAUCCUGACACUCCCAUACAUUCAGGAUAUACUUCAAUUUCGGCGACCGGUACCCGCUGGAAUCACCAAUAGUUUGGUUUCAGGAUCCGACGCCAGUACAUCCACAUAUCUACACCAACGGGCACAUCUGCUUGAGCAUAUUAGGUAACGCAUGGUCGCCGGCAUUGACGGUCGAAAAGGUACUAUUGCGUGUUGGGUCUUCUGACUGCUUGUUUUUCCAAAUCAUGAUCAUGUCUACUGUACUAGUUUCUUGCGAGCUUCGUCGGCGUUGACUAAACACGUACUUCCGUCGACGUGGGGCAGGUAGUCACUGGGAAAAAUAAAAAGCAGUAAUGCCGUGUAGUUUCAGUAAAUAUAAAAUGGAAAAUCCAAUUUCAACAACUACAGGUAUGCCUCUCAAUCCAGAGUAUGCUGGCUUCCGCCGACAGAAAGGUGCUUCCAGAUAGCAACGACCAAUAUGUCAGAUCGCACCCGAGGGGGAGUAAUCCAAAGAAUACGCAGUGGAUUUACGAGGACGACACGUGUUAAGAAUAACUUCGAUCACUGAUGAAGUGCUCUGUCGGCUGGACUUAUCGUGAAGGCAAGAAGCAUACUCACUACGAUAACACCUAGUUCGUCCGCUAGUUCUAGACACCAGCGCUGUUGUGUUGGCGGUUUUUUGAAGUACUGCCAAGCUGAGAAUUACAGUUGCUCCACGAAAAAUAUAGUACUUCGCCUUUUUUCAAUAUCCAUCGAGAAUAUAGGCACCCAUGAGCUAAAGUCAAUACGCCUACCCGUCCUGCCAUUGUCAUGAGAACGAAUCAAAUCAUCUCAAACGCGCUCCUGUUGGUGAGCUUGUACGUAGACAAUUUGUAGUAACAGACUAAGAUUGUAGACGAAUUCCAAAAUCAGAGGGCUACGCUUGGGCCCAUGCUCAUGGUCAUGCUUCUCGGACGGGCUCGUGUUCUACCGUAGCAAUAAGGUCGGAUGUACAAUCUCAAUUUCGUUGGUGCUGCUUGUGAAAUAAUGUUGUCGAAUUCAUCAGUUCGUCUUCGUGUUCGAAGGAUAAGUAUCGCACGAGGGCACUGCAGGAAGAUACAUUGCAGCUUCUUGAAUCUUCGUUUUCUUCAUCAUGUCACAGUUAAAAA